GUCUUUCGAUCAUGUCCACCGGUGGCGCAGCCUCUCGUAACGGAAGUCCGAGAAUCUCGUGGCCCAUGACGAGACGAAGAGUGAUUGAUUCCAUGGACACAGAAAAAUUGAAUUUGUCCGAUUUCUCAAACGAAGAAAACAAUAGCAAUGACAGUGAUUCUGGGGAUCGCCACCACAACCCUGUGAUACGGUUUAUGUUGUUUCGCCUGAGACUAGUCCAUCUACCGAAGCCAUGGAUGCUGGGCAUCGAGAGCACGAUUCUGUGGUUGGUCUCAGGGUUGAAGUCGUUGAAAUCAGGAAAACACAUGGGCCGUAAGAUUUUCCUGAUGCUCAUAACUUUAGCGGUCUUUACAGUGUUUUUGAAGUUGUCUUCACUCAAUCAUGUCGAUGUGAACGGAAAAAGAAGAGAGAAUGGGCUCUUGAUUACCAUGAUGAAGGAUGAUUGGUCCAUAGCACAGAAAGUUGUGAAGGAUGAUGAGCACAAAGAGGCAAUCCCAUUGAAGCGGUUUGAAAAGUUAACGAUACCUGAAAUUUGGAUGAAACCCAACAGCAAAAACUAUUACCAAUGCAUUGAUCGAACACAGAGUCAAAUAAGGAAGGAAACGGGCACCAAUGGUUAUAUUGUAGUUCAUGCCAAUGGUGGACUGAAUCAAAUGAGAACAGGAAUAUGUGAUAUGGUUGCAAUAGCAAAGAUCAUGAACGCUACUUUGGUCCUUCCUUUUCUGGAUCAUCAUUCUUUUUGGACAGAUCCAAGUGAUUUUAAAGAUAUUUUUGAUUGGAGGCACUUUGUAGAAGUAUUGAAAGAUGAUAUUGAGAUAGUAGAGUCUCUUCCAACCGAUUAUGCAGACUUUAAACCCCUUAUAAAGGCCCCUACUUCCUGGUCCAAGGCUGGUUACUACAGAGUACUCAUUCUUUUAUUAAGGCGGCAUAAGGUGAUGAAGUUUACACACACCGAUGCACGACUUGCUAAUAAUGGGCUAUCAAGCUCAAUCCAGAAGCUCCGUUGCCGUGCUAAUUAUAAGGCACUCAGAUAUACAAGAGAGAUAGAGGAACUUGGACAAAAAUUAGUUGAUAGAUUGAAGAACAAUAGUAACCCAUAUAUUGCUCUCCAUUUGAGAUACGAGAAAGACAUGCUUGCAUUCACUGGCUGCAGCCACAACCUUACCUUGGAGGAGGCAAAAGAGCUCCGUAAUAUGAGGUAUAAUGUGAAGCAUUGGAAGGAAAAGGAGAUCAAUAGCAAGGAACGACGAGUCCAUGGAGGAUGUCCAAUGUCUCCUAGGGAAGCUGCUUUCUUCCUCAAGGCCAUGGGUUAUCCAUCCACCACAAACAUUUACAUAGUUGCAGGGGAGAUUUAUGGUACUAAAAGCAUUGCUGCAUUUCGUGCUGAGUAUCCCAAUGUCUUCUCUCAUUCCACUUUAGCCACAGAGGAGGAAUUGGAGCCUUUUGAGCUUUAUCAGAAUCGCCUUGCUGCAUUGGACUGUAUUGUGGCAAUGGAGAGUGAUGUCUUUGUUUACACUUAUGAUGGGAAUAUGGCUAAAGCAGUGCAGGGCCAUAGGAGAUUCCAAGGAUUUCGAAGGACAAUCAACCCUGACAGACAAAAUUUUGUGAGACUGAUCGAUCAGAUGGAUGAAGGUGCAAUCUCCUGGGAGGAUUUCUCAUCAAAAGUGAAGAGUUUACACAUUGAUAGGGUGGGAGCACCAUAUUUAAGACAAGUGGGAAAAUCCCCAAGACUGGAGGAGAACUUCUAUGCGAAUCCAUUUCCUGGUUGUGUUUGUGAAGGCAAAGGAGCAAACCAACACUAACAGGCAAAAAUAUUGGAUGUAAGUAGGUGAAGCCAGAGGUUUGGUUUGCAAAGAUAGGAUUUUGGGCUUUUGAU